UCAAGACCGUCAUCUGAACUCCCACGUAAUGCACCAGUGUGUAGUGCGAACUUCUAUAACUUUUAUAAUUUAUUUACCCUUUUUUUAUUAUUUUGGAGUUUCUUUUGAGUUUGAGCUGGAAAAUCCCUUUUUAGUUUUGGAGAUAGUCAGAUUAGAGUUUGAGGUGUUAAUUUUUUCAUGGCACCCGAAUUAUACCGAUUCUUAAUCAGUUGAAGGAGAAUCUGUUGUUCGUGAGCAAAUGUGAAACAAAUUACACCGUGUUACUUCGGGACAGAAGUCCACUACCAUGUCUGCGCUGCAGAGGAUUGGCCAGAUCUACCAGUCUCUGCUGGAUAAGUCCGUUCCAUAUUUGAUAGCCCGUUGGGUGACAUUUGGCACGUUGAUCUUGGCAUUCAUCGCCAGAAUUUUCUUGGCUCAGGGUUGGUAUAUUGUCACAUACGGAUUAUUUAUUUAUCACUUGAAUCUGUUUUUGGCAUUUUUGACACCAAAAAUUGACCCGGCAUUUGCGGACGACAACGAUGACGGACUUGAGUUGCCAACACGAUCUACGGAAGAAUUCCGUCCUUUUAUUCGACGGCUGCCCGAAUUCAAGUUCUGGCUUGCUGCUACCAAAGCCACCGUUAUUGCGCUGAUCAUGACGUUUUUCGAAAUAUUCAACAUUCCCGUAUUUUGGCCCAUCUUGGUUGUGUACUUUAUUCUUUUAUUUUGCCUCACCAUGAAGCGUCAGAUUAAGCAUAUGAUUAAAUAUCGAUACUUACCUUUCACAUUUGGAAAGCCGAAGUACGCUGGAAGAGAAGGUCAUGUCGGCAAUGUCCAGUCUCAGUGAAAGAGUAAUCGACGCAUUUUUACGGAGGGAUGUGGUUUGAAAAUUAUCACAACCCAGGAGUUAUAUUUACCGGUUUUGUGGAUGAGUUGACUUUUUCUAGCGAUAAAAUGAAUCAGUGGUUUUAUCUAAAAAUUUUGGCCUUUUUCGUUGAUCGUUAUUUUGCACAUGACGGGGAGCUUGUGAAAUCGUACGUCACCUUCACAUAACGACGGACUUUGGGCAGCGACUUAUUUAUGAAAUUUUUGCGUAGAGUUGUUGUUUGCGCUACCUUUUAGCUUCGUCACUGCAUCUUCAUUAAAUUUAUUUCUGUUUCCGUUUUCAUGUCUCGCAAAUUUAAGAAAAAA